AUGUGCUCCCGCCAGGACAAGGACCAGUGCCACCGGCAGCAGCGCCAGAGCAGCGGUGGCUGUCACAGCUCCGGGGGUGGCUGUCACAGCUCCGGGGGUGGCGGCUGCCACAGCUCCGGUGGCAGCUCCGGGGGUGGCUGCCACAGCUCCGGGGGUGGCUGUCACAGCUCCGGGGGUGGCUGUCACAGCUCCGGUGGCAGCUCCGGGGGCUGUCACAGCUCCGGGGGUGGCUGUCACGGGAAGCCGCAGAUGCAGGGCCAGCAGCAGCAGCAGCAGCAGGUGCCGCAGAUGCCGCAGCAGAAGAUGAAGUGA